AUGAAUUCUGUCAGAAUAGCGAGUAUCUCUCGCAUGGAUCUCGAGGGCCACGAAGAAACUGCACCAUCGAUCACAGAUGUCAAGCACUUGUUAUCCUAUAACUGGAUGGAGUCUGUGACUCCUACUAUUGCCAUCCCGGGCUGCCCACUGUUAUGGCCUCCACCGAAAGCCCAAAAUGCAGCUCGGCACCCAGAAAGUCCUCUGGAGCCUCUGUUCCGCGUUCUGUACACAACUCAUCCUUCGUUCGAUAUUGGUGCCGUUGAUCUCGUAACAGAUCGGAAUAAUAUCCGCGUGCUUCUAUUCUUUAUAAAUCUACCUUUCACCAUCGAGUUUGAAAUCACAGGCAAGACGGCGGUCUUUAGUCGUGCAGAGACCGAGACAGUUAAAAACAUCAGACUUGGAGCCGUUGCGGGCUUUGGUCAUGAGUUUGAAAAGGCAUACACCCGAGACCAAGUUGACAGAAGUACUGGCCACCAUAGGAUCAUCAAUUACUCCUUUGAUGGGCUCAGGCUCAUCGUUUGCUAUGAAACGGAAGCCAACUGA